GCCAGGUGGGUGAAGGGGAACCAGGACGUGCUACCUGCCCUGAAGAAGACUCUUGACCAGCCACGUGAGUGAUCAGGCAGCCCCGAGAGCGUGACAAUGGGUACUAUUCACAUCGGCGUGACCAGGACCCCCCUGGUGAAGCACUCAGCUGGGGCUGGACUCAAGGCUCACAGACCCCGAGUCAUGUCCAAGAGCGGACACAGCAAUGUGAGAAUCGACAAAGUGGACGGCAUAUACUUGCUCUACCUGCAGGACUUGUGGACGACCGUUAUCGACAUGAAGUGGAGGUACAAGCUCACUCUGUUUGCGGCCACUUUUGUCAUGACCUGGUUCCUUUUUGGAGUGAUUUACUAUGGCAUCGCAUUCAUCCACGGGGAUUUAGCACCCAGGGAGCCGAUUUCCAACCACACCCCCUGCAUCAUGAAAGUGGACUCUCUCACGGGGGCCUUCCUCUUCUCCUUGGAGUCCCAGACCACCAUAGGCUAUGGAGUCCGUUCCAUCACGGAGGAAUGCCCUCACGCCAUUUUCCUGCUGGUGGCUCAACUGGUCAUUACCACCUUGAUUGAAAUCUUCAUCACAGGCACGUUCCUGGCCAAAAUCGCCAGACCCAAAAAGAGGGCUGAAACCAUCAAAUUCAGCCACUGUGCGGUCAUCACCAAGCAGAACGGGAAGCUGUGCUUGGUGAUCCAGGUAGCCAACAUGAGGAAGAGCCUCUUGAUCCAAUGCCAGCUGUCUGGCAAGCUCCUCCAGACCCACGUCACCAAAGAAGGAGAGCGCAUCCUCCUCAACCAAGCCACAGUCAAAUUCCACGUGGACUCCUCUUCCGAGAGCCCCUUCCUCAUUUUGCCCAUGACCUUCUACCACGUGCUGGAUGAGACCAGCCCCCUGAGGGACCUCACACCCCAAAACUUAAAGGAGAAGGAAUUCGAGCUCGUGGUUCUCCUCAAUGCCACCGUGGAAUCCACCAGCGCUGUCUGCCAGAGUCGAACAUCCUACAUCCCAGAGGAAAUCUACUGGGGUUUUGAGUUUGUGCCUGUGGUUUCUCUGUCCAAAAGUGGAAAAUACGUGGCUGACUUCAGUCAGUUUGAGCAGAUCCGGAAGAGCCCGGAUUGUACCUUUUACUGCGCAGAUUCUGAGAAGCAGAAACUUGAGGAGAAGUACAGGCAGGAAGAUCAAAGGGACCGGGAGCUGAGAACCCUUUUGUUACAGCAGAGCAAUGUCUGA